UGUUAGUGUCUGAAAAGAAAACAGAAAUAAUAAUGGAAAUAAGAUAUUAAUGCUUUAACGUUGUCUUACUGGUAACUGUUUACGCCCCAAGUUUUGUGAUGUCUCUUCUGCAACUGACUGCCACUUAAUCGGCCCGUCUCCUGUUCUCGGACUGACCUCAUGGAUCCCAGUGGAAGUGAACUGGACUCCAGCCUGCCUCAGCCAGAAAACCCGUGUCUUAUAGUGGAGGACUCUCAGCCGGACAGCGUCGCUCUUGAGGACGACCCGGAGAGCAGCUACCGAGCUCUACUGGCCCGCCGCUUGUCCAGCCUGCAGCCCACUGCUCGUAGCCCGGUUCUGGAACUGAUAUCAUCACCAUUAGGAAGCCGAUGCUCUCAGACCGACAGUCAAUCAGAGAGCAACAACCAGGCUGAACCUGCAGCUGACCCCAGCUCACCGCUGCAGGAAGAGAGUCAAGUUCUAAAUGUCUGCCCCUCUUCAAACAGGAAAAGGUGUGAGCCAGAGGACUGCGAAAUGAAUUCUGGAGCUGAUUCUACAACAAACUGCGUUCAGUCUGAGGGGGGAUCUUCCCAGUUUGGUUUUCUUGAGCUUUCUCAGAGUCAGGAUCUUCGUGCUGCAGAAGACAUCGUCCCACAAUCAGAUAGCGAAAGGCAGCGGAAGUUUGUAGAACAGAACAUCACCUCCAGGACUUCGGAGAGUCAGGACCACAAAACAGCCAGGUCUGAGGUGAGCUCCAGCAGCUCCUCAGAGUCUCUGGGUCAGUCAAGUCGACAGCUGAAUGUUCAGGUUCUGCUGCACUCUCAGAAUCUCCAGGCCUCUGGGGAGGAGGACCAGCAGGACUGUGAGAUCCUGUCCUCACAGGAGGACCUGUUUGACGCUGAUAAGACAGGUUCUGCAGUUGACAGCACAGUAUCUGAGCCGGAGCAGCAGGGCCACCCCACCUUGACACCGAGCCACACCCUCCGACUGCUGCAUCUGUCUGGACAAGGAACCCUGGUGCAGGAAAGUCUGUCCCAGAGUUCUGCUGAUUAUGUGGCCCCCACCCCAGACAACUUCACCCACACUCCUUUAAUUGUUCCCAGCUCACCAACUGAACCAGAAAAUGAACACGGCGCUGAUGAACCCAUGGAUACUUCGCUGCCCCCGGACAACCGAGCAGAGGAAAGGGAAGAGCCAAUGGAAACUGAGACCUCCGCUAAGCCACGUCCAUCUGCCUCUACUCCCGUAUCCCAGAAUUCCCCUGGUUUUGCAUUGGAGCAGCCUCUCUCUGUACCCUCACAGCCCGAGUUUUCCCAUGAUGUGUUUGUCCCAACACAGAGCCAGGAAACACCACAGCCGUCAAAUAAGAAGUCAGCGUCAUCGCCUCAAGCAACACAGUCUCAGCAUCCGGAGUCUGCACCGUUUUCAUUGCCUUUGCAACUGUCUGUGAACACAGAAAAUACUAGCCCACGUCAGAAAAGCCCAGAGCGGAUUGAGGAGGACAGUCAGGCCACGCAGAUAGAAGAACUGGAAGAGCCUCCUGGUGUUGACACCAGUGACUCUGUGAACUCGUGUCAGAAUCAGAGAAGCGAAAGUGCUGUCGCCCCCCCUGAGGCACAAGCUGCCACCACUUCCAAAACGUCCAUCUCUGCUGAAUCACAAACACAGCUCAGCGAAUGUGCCAAACACAACAAUCAGUUGCAGAAGUCAGAAGGGCUCGAAAAGACUGAAGCUUCAUUGAAUGUAAAAAAUUUGAUUGUAAGGGGUGUGAGUGAUAGUAAAGAGGCAAGCUCGGUUAAUAUGGUGUCCUGCUCUGAUUUGACUGUAAAUAGCUGUGUGCAGGAAACGCCUGACACUACACCCUGCAGUUUACCUUCACAGUCAACAACCUCUCAAACUUCUGUUGUUAAUGUGUCAAAGAGUUCUGUGGACUUGAGAGGAAAAACAACGAAGAGUCAGCCUGUAGGAACCCUGUCACAUCAGCAUGUUAACAGCCAGACAGAAAAAGACAAAAUGGGUGUGCAGGCUGAUCCAGAAGAGGAUGAGGAGGUAGUAAUGGUGGAGGAGGAGAACACAAAACAUGUUUCAGGAAUGGCUCUGGUCCUCUCCCAGAGCCAGCUGUUGUCUCCUGAACCCAUGGAGGAGGAGAGCGAAGGCCGGGAUGGAGGCAGCGUCAUUGUUGUAACAGAUAGUGAGAAAGACUCCCAGGUUGUUGAGAAAAGUGUGAUGCCACAGUCGAAGACCAGCAGCUCCCAGCCACCUGGUCUUAAAGUUGUGGUCUCCACUAACGGCCACGAUUCUCAAACUCCGGGGAAAGAAAUGCAUGUAGAUCCUCAUAGGUCAUCCCAGGCUGAGAAGGCAGUCCAUGAACCAGAGGGCCACAAAGAUAAGAGCCUGAGUGACAGCUCAGGAGAAAUUUCCUUCCAUUUCACACUUCCUAAAGAAGGCGAGCUGAUUGGUCCUGCUGUCGGAGCCACACCACCUCUAAUCAACCAGCUGAAACAGACACUUAGACACAGUACUCCUAUUGAGAUCACCCCCUUCUCUGAAAAGCCAGAUGAAGUGGGUGAUGUCUCUGCAGAUGCUGCAAUGGCUGCCAGUGAUAUUCUGUCAGGGGAAAGUGGAGAGGACACAGCUGAAAAGGGAGAUGGGAAGCUGAGUUUGAGGAUGAAGCUAGUGACGCCCGUUGAAGAAGGCAGCUCGGAGCACUUCAGUCUGCAGAAGCCAACACUAUCGGACGAGGAUGCCUCUGUUGUCAAGGUUACUACUGUUUCCAUGCCUGCAACCAGCAGCCCCUCCGUGUUCACUCGGGUCAGGCAGGUACACCGACAGCAGGAGGUAGUGGAGGAGAGCCAGCCAGGAAACAACACUACUCUUGUCAGGGGGGAACUCUUUGCCUCACCACAGAGGAGCUCCCAGGCAUCCUCGCUGGGAUGCAACAGCCUACCGAACAGCCAGACAGAGGUGAUGUCAUCACAGCAGGAAAACCCUAAAGUUGACUUUGCUCUUGCUGAAUCGUCAGAAGACCAGCGAGGACCCCCCGAAGUUCUUGAAGCACCUUCUUCAAACAGGACAGAUGUCAUGCAGAGGGUUGUUUCCCAGCAGAAAUCCAACAAUGUUGUCACUUCUCCAAAGAAGAAACGGCAGCAGACUGUGUCUCAGCAGACCAGCUUCGAUGCACCGGGUCUGCGCUCUCCUCCUGGCAGGGGUGAACCAGAUUCACCAUCAUUUAGGAGAACCACAGCCCCAACCCACCGCAGACAUGUGCGCACCAUUCAAGAAGUACGGACCACCAUCACACGAAUCAUUACAGAUGUGUAUUAUGAGGAUGGCAAAGAGGUGGACCGGAAAGUCACAGAGGAGAGCGAGGAGCCUGUGGUGGAUUGUCAGGUCUUGGACAGCGACAUCUCUCCAUGCCGUACAGGCAGCAGCUUGACUUCUGGUGACCUGGCCGACAUCAGCUCUCUGUCGUCCAAAGCCUCCAGUUUGCACCACAGCUCCGGAGGAACCAGCAGCAGCACUGGAAACACAAGGCCAGACUUCUUAAUGCCCCUCAGCAGAGGGGGCAAAUCUAUUAGUCCCAGGAGGGGAGGUGGGCAUCAACAGAGGGGUCACAGGGCUCAAAGGGCAGGGUCAGUGGUCACAAUGGGCAGAGGCUACAGCAGCUUUGGGUCCCGGGCCUUCAUCCCGCUGACCCCCAGAGGAAGGGCUAGGAGGGGCCGACCCCCGUCCCGCUCCUCCCUGUCCAGGGGGGGUGGUGUCGCCUCACUGCAGAGGCUCAGCGCUCACGGCCAGCUCCAGUCCUCUUUAGAGGACGAUCCAUAUACCCGCAUGCUGCCGCCACGCCUCCCCAUCAGCCCCACCGACCCCGAGCUCGUCAGCCACUCAGACUCCCUGAGGUCUUCGCCAGAGGAGGCGAGCUCACCUGGAAGCAGUUUUGUGGGCUUGCGGGUUGUGGCCAAGUGGUCGUCCAAUGGCUUCUUCUACUCGGGCCGAAUCAUCAAAGACGCCGGGGAUGGGAGAUUCCGUCUUCGCUUUGAUGAUGGCUAUGAGUGCGAGGUGGCGGGGAAAGACAUACUGCUGUGUGAUCCCAUCCCUCUGGAGACGGAGGUCACGGCUCUGCUGGAGGACGAAUACUUCAGCAUAGGUGUUGUGAAGGGUCAUAAAUCUGAGGGCCAGGAGCUGUUCUACAGUGUGGAGAGGGAGGGCCAGAGACAGUGGUACAACAGGAACGCAGUCAUCCUGUCUCUGGAGCAGGGAAACAAGCUGAGGGAGCAGCACAGCCUCGGGCCCUACGAGCCCACCACCCCACUGGCCAAAGCCUCCGACAUCAGUCUGGACAACUUGGUGGAAGGGAAGAGGAGACGCAGAGGAACCCCCAGUGGUCAGAACACUCCCAACCGCAGCUCCUCCAGCAGCCCUCGGACCCCUGGCCCCUCCGGCAAGAGGAAGCUAAUGACCUCCGAUGAGAACCGGACGCCUUCCAAACGAGGGCGUAGAGGGGGUGGAGCCAGAGCUGGUCAGCGGGUGGGUGUGUGCAACACCUCCGGCAGCGGCACCGAUCUCCCGGGUCAGUCAUGUGAUGUGGCCGAGACACACGGUCCGCUGCCCCAGAAUGCAUCUCUCUUUAUGGGCUUCGCCUUUAUGCUGACAGCCUCGUCUGAGAGCGACCGACUGACCAACAAGAUCCUGAGCGAUGAUGAGGAGGAGGAUUAUGUGCAGACGGGUCCAUAUAACAAAGCAUACACAGAGUCCCAGCUGCAGGCAGGUGGAGGCUUCAUCCUGCCAGACUUCAAUGAGGAGCAGUGUAAGGCAGCUUACCAGAGCCUGCUCAUCGCAGACCAGCACUGCCGUACCAGGAAGUACAUGCUGUGUUUGGCUAGCGGCGUGCCCUGCGUGUCUCAUAUAUGGGUGCGAGACUGCUGCAAAGAGAACAAGCUGCUCAACUACAGGAACUACCUGCUGCCUGCAGGCGUGGGUCCGGAUGACGCCAUAGUGGAAUGGCAUCCUCGCUCCAGCCCAUUCAAGAGCCUUCGCGUCCUGGUGGUGUUUGAGAAGCCGGAGGAGCUGUGGGCUCAGCUGAUCACUAUGGGUGGAGCUUCCUCUGUCCGGCAGUUCCAGGCUGACAAGGACAGCUCUGACAUUCCUCCUGGGAAGUACGACGUCGUGCUGGCUGACAGUGCCUGUCCACCGCUGGUAGAGAAAAACAUGACAUCACAGGAAGUCCCGCUGGUGUCUCCUGAGUGGCUCAUCCAGAGCCUCAUCUGCGGGGAGUGCCUUGGUUUCAACAGCAAGCCUCAGUACCGCCACGACUACUCCUCCUCACUCUGACUCCACACGUAAUAAAUGCCUUCGACCAAGCUAAAUGUUCAGCGUUAGUUCUGUUGCAUGCCUCUGCUGUAUAUAACUCUAUCCUGUCUGUUUUUAUGGAAUAAUAAAUUGUGACCCUUGUUUCAUUUUAA